AUGGCUUCCGUUAGCUUUGCCGAGCCGUCUUUUGUCGAACUUGUUCCAGCACUUGUUGGAGAGUCUAAUUUCUCUACGUGGACUACUUCACUCAAGUGGACCCUCGACUCGCGCGACACUCGUUAUUACGCGCUUCUCACCGGCGCGUGGAGUGAACCCAGCGCAGUUGACCCCACACAGCCUACCCCGGCUGAAGUCGAGGAUCGUACCCAGUGGGAUACAGCCAGUCGUUACCUCCUUCCGUUACUGAAUGCCACUGUCCACCACACGGCCAAGUUCUAUAUUCUCGAUGCCAAUAACGCGCGUACCGCAUAUGCCAACCUCCACCGCGCGUUCGCAGCCCGGUCUUACGAAGCUGGUUUCGCCAAUUUCCUCAAGUUUAUCAACACCACAUACACUUCAAACAGACCUCAAGCUUUCGUCAAUGAGUGGCGUCUCGCCCUCGGCGAGCUCCAAGAGUGCAAUUCGACAAAGCUCACGCCUCUCCUCAUCUUUUACCAUUUCUUGAACGCUGUGAGCACCAACCCAGCUGCGCAUGAGUGGCUCGACGGCUUCCUCAGUUCGAAAGUCUCCACCGAUACAACCAUCGAGUCAACCUUCACAGACUUUGUCGUUUUUGAGGAACGUCGCCUCCACGCUCUCAAUCAAGCUCAUUCAUUUAGCUUGAACAAAGGGAAUCACCUGCCAUACUUUUGCCAGUUUCAUCAACGUCAAGCCGGUCAUUCCAGUGCGAACUGCUUCCGCAACCCGGCUUACUUAGCUCUGGACAAAUCAGCUCCAGCUCCCACUCCCGCUCCCGCUCCCGCUCCCCGUGCAGUCACUGAAGACCCACCUGUGGAGUAG